CGAAAACCUUAAAAUUACUGCAGUGUGGGAGAGUCCUAUCCACACAAUUAACCUGCAGCCCCAGCCUUGUGUCCCUCUGUGAGUGUGUGCAGAGAUGCGCAGGACCGCACCUUCUGUGAGCGCUGCCUGAAACUGGAGAUGCAGGGGUACCACUGAAGGGUGGAUGGUCAGUCAGGCAGCCAUGAGAGGCCAGCGUGUGGUGGAGAGCGAGUGCAGGUGUUGGAACCCGGCCGUCUGGCUCCUGGUUUCUCUGCUAGGAUCCCUCGUCCUCGUGGCCCUCAGCCUGCUACUGCGACUUGGAGACGUGAAAAUAAGCAGACGAGCCAUAUCCACUGCUGGUGCACAAAACUCUGUGAGGACACAAUACCAAGUACAACUGGUGAAUGGCCGAAACAGAUGUGAAGGGAGAGUGGAGAUACGCUACAAUGGUGCCUGGGGAACGGUGUGUGACGAUGAGUGGGACAUGGUGGAUGCCAACGUUGUGUGUCGGCAGCUGGAUUGUGGAGUGGCUGUGGCAGUGGGCAGCAGCUCAAAGUUUGGACAAGGCUCAGGACUCAUCCUGCUGGAUAAUGUGGACUGCUCAGGGAGUGAAACAGACCUCAGUCAGUGCCGAAGUCUGGGCUGGGGCAUCCAUAACUGUUACCACUAUGAGGAUGUGGGUGUGACUUGUCGAGUGCCAGUCGGGCCAGGGGUAGUGGAUCGCACCACACCACCCCAGGAUAUCUCUGGUUUACGAGAUGGCACCAUACGUCUGGUGAGCGGGCAACACUCCUGCCAGGGCCGUGUAGAGAUCUACUUCCAGGGAAGAUGGGGGACUGUAUGUGAUGACGAGUGGUACAUGGAGAACGCCAAGGUGGUGUGCCAACAGAUGGGCUGUGGCAGUGCCAUGUAUGCUCACACAAACUCCUACUUUGGCUACGGCACCGGUCUGAUUCUACUCGACAAUGUCAAGUGCUCUGGCAGUGAAGCAGAGCUGACCUCGUGCCACCACCUGGGCUGGGGAAAUCACAACUGUGGACACCAUGAGGACGCCGGGGUCACCUGCAUGGAGGCCUCCACUGUUUCUCCUUCUGUGACUUCAACGCUUCAGAGAGCAUUCCAGGCAACGUUCAGCACUGAAGCAACAGAGGAAAUUCCCAUGACUGAAUUACCAAGUACAACAACUGCUGUAACCACACUUCGUCAGGUUCAAGGUAUACCAUCCAUCCGUGUUGUGAAUGGUGAAGACAGCUGCCAGGGCCGUGUGGAGGUCUUAUUUAAAGGACUGUGGGGCACAGUGUGUGAUGAUGACUGGGACAUGGCCAACGCUCAGGUGGUGUGCAGGAUUCUGGGUUGUGGUCCUGCUAUAGCGGCGACAGACAAGGCCUACUUUGGAUACGGUUCUGGCCCCAUCCUGCUGGACAACGUGCAGUGUAAUGGCAAUGAACAGGAUCUGUUUCUGUGUGGCAAUCUUGGCUGGGGUCAGCACAACUGCGGCCAUCAUGAGGAUGCUGGAGUUAUCUGUUUGUCUUAUGAGUACUACGUUGGAUUAGGACGUGACUUCAGAGUAACAGAAAUGAUACCCACAACCACCAUAACCACUCCCUCUGAUGGAAUGAUACGACUGGUUGGUGGCCAGCACCGUUGUGAGGGCCGGGUAGAGAUAUUCUUGAAUUCUGAGUGGGGUACAGUGUGCGACGAUGCUUGGGACCUCCCUGACGCUAAGGUGGUAUGUCACAAAGCAGGCUGUGGAGAGGCCACGGCGGCUCUUGGGGAGUCAUCCUUCGGGUCCGGUGCAGGAACAAUCCUGCUGGACAAUCUGAAGUGCACCGGUGAAGAGGCCUCCCUGCAGGAUUGCUCCCAUAUAUCCUGGGAAGUGCACAACUGUGACCACACAGAAGAUGCUGGUGUCACCUGUGAGCUGUCGUGA